CGUAAUUUCUUCCGGAAGAAACACAGCAUUGCACGAAGGGCGGAAUAUAACAACACGAUAACAGCAUACUGUACCAACACAGAAACAACCCGACAGUUUUCAGUGUUUGUGGUUUUGCUCGGCCGCAGAGCUAACGUUAACUUACUUCGCCUCUCCAUGCUGCUGUGCCGGGUUUCGGCAGUUAGCCAGACGCUAGCGAGAUGGGGACGGAGGUCACACCGGGAAGGCGGCCUCCUCCACCGUGCUCUCUCCUACAGCUCCAGCCGCUGUCAUGGUGUCAGUCCAGGAGAAGGCAACGCUCAGCCCGCAGAGGCCGGCAAUGGUCAGGGACUGUACCGAGACACUGUGCUCCUUCCCCGGACUAAGUUCCCAAUGAAACUAAGUGGACAGAAGCUGCUGGACCGAGAGAUAAAGAUACAACAGGAGUGCGGGUUUGCAGAAUUGUACUCCUGGCAAAGAGAGAGGAAGGCCAAGAAGGAAUUCUGCCUACAUGAUGGACCCCCAUAUGCCAAUGGAGACCCUCACGUGGGACAUGCACUCAAUAAGAUUUUGAAAGACAUCCGUAACCGAUUUGAGAUGCUGAGGGGGCGGCAGGUCCAUUACAUCCCAGGAUGGGACUGUCACGGCCUGCCCAUUGAGCUGAAGGCUCUGGGGGAUCUGGGGACCAGCGGCCUCACUCCGCUACAGAUCAGAAAGAAAGCACGGGAGUUUGCAGAGGGCGCCAUAGCUCGUCAGAGAGCUGCUUUCCAGCGCUGGGGUGUGAUGGCUGACUGGGACCAGUGCUACUACACAUACGAUGGAGCCUAUGAGGCUGCUCAGCUGAAAGUCUUCCAAGAGAUGCACAACAAGGGGUUCAUCUACCAGGACUACAAACCAGUCUUCUGGUCUCCUUCAUCAAGAACGGCCCUAGCGGAGGCAGAGUUGGAGUACAACCCUGAGCAUGUGAGCAGAGCCAUCUAUGCCACAUUCCCCCUGAGUACACUGCCACCUGAGAUCGCCUCAAAAGGUUUGGAAGGCGUCUCUGUGUUGGUUUGGACCACCCAGCCUUGGACCAUUCCUACCAACCAGGCCGUCUGUUACAUGCCCAACGCCCAGUACUCUGUGGUAAAAAGGGCAGACAACUCUCAGCUGCUGUUGGUGGCCACUGAGCGCACAGCCAGCAUGGCAGCACUGCUGGGCACAGAGCUUGAGAGUGUAGGCACCUUUACAGGCUCCCAGCUUGAGGGUGGGAUCUGCAAACAUCCCACAAUUCCUGACAAGGAAGUGCGGCUCUUGCCGGCCAAUCAUGUGACUAUGGCAAAAGGAACAGGAUUGGUCCACACGGCGCCAGCUCACGGCAUGGACGAUUACAGUGUGGCUUCACAGUUUAAACUGUCCGUGGAGUGUAUGGUGGAUGAAGAUGGAAAGUUCACUGAGCUGGCCGGCCCUGAGCUGCAGAAUCUGUCUGUGAUGAGUGAGGGCACUGACAAAGUGAUUUCCAUGCUGAAGGAGUGUGGGGCUCUGGUGAAGGAGGAGCAGUGUGUCCACAGUUACCCGUACGACUGGAGGACGAAGCAGCCCAUCGUCAUCAGGCCCAGUAAACAGUGGUUUAUCAACACGGCGUCGCUUAAAGACAAAGCCAAGGAGGCACUGCAGAAAGUGCGCAUUUUGCCAGAGUCGGCGAGGGCUGGUCUCUUGGCCAUGCUGGACAAACGGACGUACUGGUGCAUCUCCAGACAGCGAAGCUGGGGCGUCCCAAUCCCAGUCUUCUACCACAAAGAGACUGGAGAGGCUCUGCUCAACAAACACACAGUGUCCCAUAUAGCAAAUCUCUUCAAAGAAAAGGGCAGUGACUGUUGGUGGGAGCUUCCUAUAGAGACUUUGCUGCCAAACGAGGUGCUCAAGAAGAGUAAAGCCGGUCCAGUUACUGACUACAUUCGUGGAGAAGACGUCCUAGACAUCUGGUUUGACAGCGGAGCUUCAUGGGCUGCUGUACUAGAAGAGGAAAUGGAAGGAGACGCUGAGGAGCCUGAGUCACGUCUCAGCUGGCUCCCUGCUCCACUUCGCAAACCUCUGGUCACAGAGUCAGACCCCAGGGCAGAUGCAUAUGUGGAAGGGAAGGACCAGAUUGGAGGAUGGUUCCAGUCCUCACUGCUCACCAGCGUAGCCGCCAGGAACAAGGCGCCUUACAAGUCUCUGGUGGUCCACGGCUUUGCUGUCGGUGAGAAAGGAGAGAAGAUGUCCAAGUCUCUGGGCAACGUUGUGGAUCCUGAUGAGGUCAUUAAUGGAGGGAAGGAUCCCAGUAUGCCAGCUUAUGGGGCAGAUGUGCUGCGCUGGUGGGUGGCAGAAUCAAAUGUCUUCUCUGAGGUUCAGAUCGGACCAACUGUACUCAACUCAGCCAGAGACAGCAUCAACAAGCUGAGGAACACUCUGAAGUUCCUGCUCGGCAACGUGCAGGGCUUCGACCCACGCGUGCAGGCUGUGGACCCCAAAGAGAUGCACUACAUUGAUCAGUACAUGCUGCACCUUCUUCGCGAGUACAGCAUCAAGGUGACAGACGCCUACAGUGAGUUUGAUGCUGGCAGGGCCAUCCGUGUCCUCCAAGCCUUCAUAACCAGAGACCUUUCCAGCUUUUAUUUCAGCAUCAUCAAAGACAGGUUGUACUGUGAUGCUGAGGACUCGUUGGGCAGAAGAUCAUGUCAGACUGUUUUAGAAGAAAUUCUGGAUGGAGUGACCAGAUCUAUAGCUCCUGUCCUGCCACAUUUAGCUGAAGAGGUCUACCUACAUGCACCAGGACAUGACAAAGGGGAGACAUUAUUUAAGAGCGGAUGGGUCAAAAGCAGUUCUGUGUGGCGGAGACCAGGACUGGAGGAGGCAGUGGAGGGGGCGUGUGCCAUCAGGGACUCCUUCCUGUCCUCCAUUCCAGGCAAAAAUGCAGCUCAGUACGACCUCACCAUUGCCAUUGAACCCUGUUUGCUGUUUGAACUCAUGGAGUCUCUCCAAGAGGAACCCUCCUCCACCUCCUCCCAGCUGGCUGAGCUGAUGAUGGUAGCACGGGUCAACCUGACUGGUCAGCUACCCCGAGAUCUGCCCCCAGAUGCCGUGCUGAGCCACGGCACCUUCCUCAUCAACCUGGAGGGUGGUGUUAUCCGUGAGGACAGUGCCUACAGUAUAGCAGUGGUGCCCACUUCUGCUGCCCGGUGUCCGCGCUGCCGCCGCUACACCGCAGAGUCAGCAGACUGCCUGUGCCCGCGUUGCCAGACCAUCAUUUCACAGGCACACUGACGGGCCACACAUCCUGACAAACACCGUUUUGUUCCCUUGCUUUGGGUGCAGCUCCUCUUAAGGGCUGAAUAGAGACCAGGUUUUACAAUCCCUGUUGCCAUUAGCUGAGAGAUUUCAAACUGACUCUACAUCAGCUGUUGCCUCACUCUGGUUUUCCUUGAUUUUGUCAGCUGCUAGUUACAAGAACCUGCAGCAUGGCUUUGGGAAAGAACGGCUUAAUAGCAGAUAACAAAGCAUACUGUCGCUAAAUGUGCUUCGGGCUUCACUGUAAAUGCACUUACACACUUUUCUAUAACAGCAGGGUGUGAACUCUAAAACCAAAAUGUUUGCGUCAGCCUUGAUCACUUGGCUGUGGCAUGAAUGUGCUGGUUAUACAUGUGAUCUUGUCCAUGAAGCAAUCUGAUAAAGCAUGAGCACAGUUGUUUCUUGUAUGUAAAGAUGGAAACUGAUGAUACUGACUUGUAUUUUCAGUCUGGGAGGGAUGCCAUUCAGGGGGAUUGUGUGUUUUUUUUAAAAUGUGUAAAUACGUGAAAAAGGAAUUAUUUGCGAUGAGUGUCACUGUGUGACAACAGUAGAGAAUUUGUACCGGGUGUAGGUAAGUUCUUGUGAGUGCUUACCUUUGUAUAAUAAAUCCUGUUCAUUGUAAACUUUCCCAUAAAGUUGAAAGUGUAUGAAAGAAAUCUCUAAAUUAUAAAUAAACGGAGUUUUAUCUCUAA